AUGGGCCUGCUGCAAUCACCCCAUCUGUUAGACGGGUGCGAUGUAUCAUCAGGCUCCUGGUUUGACGUGCAUAGCCCCGAGACGGGCGAGUUGGUCUCGCAAGGCGCGCGCUGCACCGCGGGGAUUGCCGACCAGGCUUUGGAAUCUGCGCAGGCUGCCUUCCCGCGCUGGUGCCAGGUCUCCUAUCUCCGCCGCAGAGAGCUGCUUCUUCGGGCUGCCGACAAGCUCGAGGCCCUGGGCCCCGACAUACAAGCUGCCAUGAUGGUUGAGACAGGCGCAAAGGCGGAUUGGGCUGGCGGCGCCAACGUUCACGGCGCGGCGUCGCUGCUGAGGGAGGUGGCCAGCCUGGCGAGCCAGCUCAAGGGUGAGAUUCUGCCCAGCUCUAACCCUGGUACAAUGACAUUUGUCUUCCGCGAGCCGGCCGGUGUGGUGUUUGCCGUGGCGCCGUGGAACUCGCCCGUCGUGCUGAGCUGCCGAGCGGUCGCCACGGCGCUGCUGUGUGGGAACACUGUAAUCCUGAAGUCAAGUGAGUGCUCGCCACGAACGCAGCGCUUCGUAGCUGAGGCGUUUCGUGACGCUGGACUGCCGGAUGGAGUGCUCAACUACGUCAACAUGGCGGCGGACGAGAGCCCGGCCUUGGUCGAGCGGAUUAUCGCCAGCCCAGUGGUGCGGCGAGUCAAUUUCACGGGCAGUGUGCGUGUCGGCCGCAUCAUUGCACGCCAUUGCGCUGUGUACGGGCCGAAACAGUGUGUGGUCGAACUGGGAGGGAAAGCGGCGGCGGUGGUCCUGGAAGAUGCCGACCUGGACGCUGCUGCCGAUGAUAUUGUCUUCAGCAGCAUGAUGCACAGCGGCCAGAUCUGUUUCUCUAUCGAGAAUGUCCUUGUCCUCGAUGCUGUCGCCAAUGCGUUAGUGGAGAGGUUGAAGUCUCGCAUCGCGAAACUCUGGGCUGGCGCAACCGAUUCAAGCACGGAGAGCCGAGACGAGCGGUUUCGUAUCGGUCCUCUUUAUAAUUCGGCUUCAGCUACACAUGCCGUCGACCUCCUGCGCUCUGUGGAAGAAACAAGAGCCACUGUCCUUGUUGGUGACGUUACCGCCGAGCAGUGUUUCAUCCAGCCGCAUUUACUGGAUCACGUCGACCCUUCCAGCCGCAUAUUUUCCGAGGAGUCAUUUGCGCCAUUUUGCUGUAUCACCCGAAUUUCCACUGUGGAGGAGGCGAUUCGCCUGGCGAACCUACCGGGCUACUCCUUGUCUGCGGCCGUAUAUGGAACGGAUGGAGCGGCAACGUUUGAGGUAGCUCGCCAGAUUCGUAGUGGUGCGGUGCACAUCAAUGGGCCCACACUCAGCUUCGAAAGCAAUCGCCCAUACGGCGGCUGUGGGGGACCCUCGGGUUAUGGCCGAUUUGGAGGUGCAGCGGGCAUCCAGGAAUACACGGAUCUGAAAGUGGUCACAUUCAAUAAGUCGGGAAGCGUAAAAGGCUCGCUGGUCUGA